AUGGGAUGCGGUGAUGGAUGGAUGUAUAUCUUGACUAGAAUAUCAGGACCUUUCUUUGUGGGAGGUGGUACAGCACUCAUUACAUUGGUUGUGUUUAUGUACUUUAUCGAGAUACUACCAUCUCUACUACCACCGUAUGAAUCUUAUAUGACCUAUCUUACACAACCUCACGUUGUACUAGAUAUAUUGGUAUCAUUUUAUAUCGCAUCCAACCUUUACUUUAAUUACUAUAAGACUAUAACAGUCGAUCCAGGUUCACCUUCAUUCCCAGCUACUUCAAGUCUCGAUGACUCUUCUUCACCAUCAUUCAACAACACUGGUGAUAGUAGCAGUAGUAGUGGAAUCAAUAGUUCAACCAAUGGUAGUCAAUUAAAUGAUAGUUUUGGUGAUAUUGAUGACGGCAAUGUUGGUGAUCUUCCAUUGGUCAUUGAUUUCAAUGUUACAUGGGCAUAUUGUAAAAAGUGUUCUAGACCUAAACCACCUCGUUGUCAUCAUUGCAAUGUUGGAUGUCUCUUUGUAGUAUUACAUUCAUUGGCAUUAUUUUAUAAUGGAUCACUUUUUGGUGACAAAUUCGAUGAGAUUACAAGAUUCUUAAUAAUAACAUCAUUCUUGUUGGCAAGUUUGUUAAUGUUGGUAAUGGGUGGAUUUUUUGUAUUCCAUUUAUAUUUAAUUUGUACUGGACAAACAACUAUAGAGAAUUUAGGAGGACCUCAUUCAAAAACAAAAAAGAGGAAUUAUAAUUUAGGUUGGAAGGCAAACCUAGAGAUGGUAUUGGGGAAGGGGAAAUAUUGGUUUUCAGGACUAUUGCCAACUAAUCGAUUACCAAAAGGUGAUGGUUAUUAUUUUAUGACAAAAGAAAUGUAUGAUGACUAUCUCCGACGACAGAAUGAAUUUACAGGUAAUAACGGUGGUACCAGUGGUAGUGGUAGUGGCGUUAAUCGUAGAAUAUCUUCAACUAGUACUUCAUCUAAUAGACAAAGUUAUAUUCUUUAA